UCCCGCUCCCCCUGCUGCUACCCGGCCCUCUGGGGAGCCCCCAGGCCCCCGCCGUCGGCAGCGGGCGGUCGAGGCAGCUCCGUCAUGGAGACAGUCACGGCAAGGGAAGUCAGUGUCCAAGAUGAGGCUGUGGAGAAAAGCACCUUUAAGGAAUGCAACCAGAUUGCUUUUUACAGGCGUCAGAAACUUCUACAUGCUGGAAAAUCCUUGUAUCGAGCCUUGCUGGAUUCGGUCACGUUAAGUGAUGAAAAUGUCAAAUUCCAAAUAAUUCAUGAGGAAAAUAAGGUUCUUCUACAAGUAGAAAUUUGUGAAAUAGAGGGCAAUAUUUUCAGGAUUAGAAUUGAUGAGGCAUCUCCUCUCAGAGCAAGAUACAGAGUUCCUGAUGUUCUUAUAAAGGAACCUACCACCAAGAGAUUUUCCCUGUCUCAGAAGGAAGCAGGUAUUUUGGUGCUCUCAAGUGUUAAGGAGGACUACAGACUUCAGGUCACAGCAACCCCCUUCCAGCUUGAGCUACAGUCCAAGGGCGAGACUGUUCUGAGCAUGAAUUCCAAUGGGUUGUUAUAUUUUGAGCACCUACAGCCACCUCCCAGUGAUAGAAAACCUCCAGCAGAAAAUAAGGAGGCAGCAAGUGAUUCCUCUAAGGAGAAACAAGAGGAUCCAGGUCUCUGGCAAGAGAAAUUUGGCAAUUUCUUAGACAUCAAAGCUCAUGGUCCUAGUUCUGUGGGCACAGACUUCUCUUUACAUGGAUUUGACCAUGUUUAUGGAAUACCACAGCACACAGAAGCACUUCUUCUCAAAAACACCAGUGAUGGUGAUGCCUACCGGCUUUAUAAUUUGGACAUCUUCGGCCACAAGAUACAUGACAAAAUAGGCAUUUAUGGUUCAGUGCCCCUUCUCUUAGCACACAAGCCUAACAGAACUUCAGGGAUCUUCUGGCUGAACUCUUCAGAAACACUGGUGGACAUUAAUACAAAGGCAGUAGCUGAGCAUGUGCCAUCUGGAUCUGCUGCACAGACCGCUAAGCAGCGAGCAGUGCCUGUAACUGAUGUGCGCUGGAUGUCGGAAAGUGGCAUCAUUGAUGUUUUCCUGCUGAUGGGCCCCACUCCGUUUGACCUCUUCAAGCAGUUUGCACAGCUGACAGGUACUCAAGCCCUGCCCCCUCUUUUUUCUCUGGGCUACCAUCAGUGCCGAUGGAAUUACGAGGAUGAGCAAGAUGUCAAGGCAGUAGAUGCUGGCUUUGAUGAACAUGACAUUCCUUAUGAUGCGAUAUGGCUGGACAUAGAGCACACAGAUGGCAAGAGGUAUUUCACUUGGGACAAAAAGAAAUUCCAGAACCCCAGAAAGAUGCAAGAACAUCUCAGGAAGAAAAAACGGAAGCUUGUCGUCAUUGUAGAUCCCCACAUUAAGAUUGACCCCAUGUAUGCCCUGUAUGCACAGGCAAAAGACAAGGGCUAUUUUGUGAAAGACAGAAAUGGGAAGGAUUUUGAGGGCAUCUGUUGGCCAGGUUCCUCUUGCUACCUGGAUUUCACCAAUCCUGAAGUGCGAAAAUGGUAUGCAGAUCAAUUUGCCUUCAAAACAUACAAGGGAUCCACAAACAUCCUCUAUGUAUGGAAUGACAUGAAUGAGCCCUCAGUCUUCAAGGGAGCAGAACUAACAAUGCAGAAAGAUGCUGUGCACUACAACAACUGGGAGCAUCGGGAAGUACACAACCUCUAUGGAUUCUAUCAGCAAAUGGCUACUGCAGAAGGCCUCAUCAGACGUUCUUCGGGAAAAGAGAGACCGUUUGUCCUCACACGAUCUUUCUUUGCUGGAUCACAGAAGUAUGGGGCGGUGUGGACUGGAGACAACACAGCAGAGUGGGGUUACUUGAAAAUAUCCAUUCCAAUGCUUCUCACCAUCAGCAUGGCAGGGAUUUCAUUCUGUGGAGCUGAUGUGGGAGGCUUUAUUGGAGACCCAGACCCAGAAUUACUUGUUCGCUGGUAUCAGGCCGGAGCCUACCAGCCCUUCUUCAGAGGCCAUUCUAACAUGGAGAGCAAACGCCGAGAGCCGUGGCUCUUUGGGGAGAAGAACACCCAGAUCAUCAGGGAAGCCAUCCGAGAGCGCUACGUCCUCCUGCCCUACCUCUACACGCUGUUCUAUCGGGCACACACGGCAGCUGAACCAGUCAUGAGGGCUCUGUGGAUAGAGUUUCCAGGGCAAAUAGAAACUUUUGGUGUGGACAAUGAGUACAUGCUGGGAAAUGCUUUGUUGGUGCAUCCAGUCACAGAGCAAGAGGCCAAGGCAGUGAGUGUUCUGCUUCCAGGGCCAGAGGAGAUCUGGUAUGAUUUCAGAAAAUUUAAACAGGUGGAAGAUCCAGGCACUCUGAAGAUCUCAGUAACACUGGAGGAUAUUCCUGUAUUCCAGCGGGGAGGCACUGUGAUACCUCUGAAGACCACAGCUGGAAAAUCCACUGAAUGGAUGAUGGAUACUCCUUACGAACUUCGUGUGGCCCUGGACACAGAGGCCUGUGCAGUAGGGGAGCUCUACGUAGAUGACGGACAUUCAUUUCAGUACCUCCACAAGAAACAGUUCCUGUAUCGGAAAUUCACUUUCCACAAGAACAUUCUCUCAUCCAGCCACACAGAUGGAAGCGGACAAUACGAGACCACAUGUGUAGUUGAGCGGGUGAUAGUUCUGGGAUUUGGACAGCAACCCACUUUAGUGACAGCCUGUUCCAAGGAUGGGAAAGAAAAAGAAGUGGCUUUCACAUACAAUGCAAAGAACUCCGCACUGACACUGGAAAAUUUAGCCCUGAGUCUUGCUGCUGACUGGAAGAUUUGCAUCAACUGAAAGGAGAGACAGCUUCUUCAGAGAAUUCACUGAGGGGUUGAGAGGAAAUAGUGGGAGAAUUUGAAAUACUUCUUUGAAUCCAAUCAAAUCAAGGAACAUAUUUCCCACCCACACCCCCAAACUAACAUUUCCUACAAUUUUUCUUUUAAAGCACAUUGAAGCUUGGAUAGCUCUUUUAUUCAGCAAAAGUAGUAGCACUAGGAUGGUACCUCUGGGGGAAAAGCUAAAUGCUAUCUCCUCCAGGCUAUCUUCACUUAGGCAGCGAGAUCUGCCUUCACUUGCACUGAUGAAAUCAUAAAUCAGUGGCAUGACAUUGUGGCUUGCUGGCAUAAGGUUUAAUUUAAAUAUUUGGAACUUGCACCACUCAGAGACUGGAGUGUUUGAGAGAAGUAGAUCUGGGCCACUUUGACAAGCAAACACACACAGCAGGAGCCACCCAGUGUGAUGACAGGCACUUCUCCUUUCCAGUCUUUUUGCUGAUGCAGAAUUAGGCAAUGUGUACAGGAAAGUAAACAGCAGGCUUGCCAAAUAGUUCAGUCAUUGAAGGUAAGGCCUGAGUAGGUUGUGCCAGUCAGUUGAGCAACAGUAAAAGACAGCGGCGUGGGAGUUGCAGAAGUCUCUCCAGUAAGUGGCUUUGAAACUGGUGUUUGGAUUUGAAAAGGCAGAGGUCU